AACUACAAACUCUCUAAUCCUAAAUGCAAGGCUUUUAAAACAGAUAAAGGCUCGAAUAAUAGACCCUAGUAUCUAACACAGACAAAUGCUCAAUUAACAAACUCAAAGCCCUAACAAAAACAAUGAUUUUAAAAAACAAUUCCAAUACUCUUCUUAACACAGACCUCCCCUGGACACAUUUCUCCAACACAGACCUCCCCUGGACACAUUUCUCCAACACAGACCUCUCCUGGACACAUUUCUCCAACACAGACCUCCCCUGGACACAUUUCUCCAACACAGACCUCCCCUGGACACAUUUCUCCAACACAGACCUCCCCUGGACACAUUUCUCCAACACAAACAGAACGUGUGAAAAUAAUUUAAUGCACAACUUUUUUUUUUGUUAGCGUUGUUUCCUAGUUGGUCUUGUUUGCACCUAAUAGCAUUAACUUCCUGUUACAACAAAACAUGGCGAACUUAUUAAGGGUAAAGCAGGAAGUUUAGUAUUGUUGUGAGCAAGUAUGUUUAUCUUACUUCUGUAUCGUAAACUGCAAGAGCGAUUCCAGUGACGUCAUCCAAGAAUGUCCACCAACACGGGUCCUCGAAGUCCAAUCUACUAUGGAGGUUACAGCUUCAACACCGGCAAAGUCAGGCAGUUCCAGGUAGUGGAUUACACGAUGUUUGCCGCCGUCCUAAUCUUCUCUGGUGCCAUCGGGAUGUACCACGCCAUCAACGACCGCAAGAAGAAGACGCUGGAGCAGUUCUUCCUGGCCGGCAAGGACAUGAACCCUGUGCCCGUCGGCCUUUCCAUGCUGGCCAGCUUCAUGCCGGCCAUCACCUUCCUGGGCUUACCCGCAGAGAUUUACACCUACAACAUUAUGUCCGUUUGGAUAGGGUUGAGCUACUUCUUUGUCAUGGCAGUGGCUGCUCAUGUCUACAUGCCCAUCUUUUACCACCUCCAGGUGACUAGCUGUUUCCAGUACCUUGAGAAGCGGUUUAGUCGAGGUGUCAGGUCUGCUGCAUCGCUGUGUUUUGUGGUUCAUAUGGUUGUCUAUAUGUCUGUUGUCUUGUAUGCUCCUAGUCUCGCGUUAAAUGCAGUAACAGGAUUUACGUUAUGGGGAUCUGUUCUAUCAGUUGGGGCUGUUUCUACAGUCUACACAGCUCUCGGUGGCAUGAAAGCAGUUCUGUGGACAGAUACAUUCCAGGUCUUUGUCAUCUUGUCAAGUUUGAUUGUUUUGCUUAUGAAGGGACAGCAUGCUGUUGGCGGUGUCAUGGCAGCGUGGGGGUCUAUAGAGAGGACAGACAGAGCUGAAUAUUUAGAACUUGGCCUAUAUCCGUCUGUCAGGCACAGCGUGUGGUCACUGGUCAUAGGAGGUCUCUUCUCCUGGCUUCCUAUUUUCGGAGUGAACCAGGUGAUGGUUCAGAGGGCUGUCACCUGUCCGACAUUAUGUAAAGCAAAAAUAGCGAUGUGGGUGAACCUGCCGGGCAUGAGCCUCAUUCUUUACCUCUGCUGGUUGAUUGGUUUCUUCAUGUCGGCAUUCUACGAGAACUGUGAUCCGAUCUUAGCUGGAUUAGCCAAGUACCCUGGACAAAUCGUCCCACUGUUCGUAAUGGAUGUCCUCAGUGAUAUUGUGCUGCUCCCUGGUCUGUUUGUAGCAGGUCUUUUUAGUUGCUCACUCAGCACGAUGUCAUCAGGUCUAAACUCUGUGGCUGCCUGUCUGAUGGAAGAUCUGGUCAAGGCUUACUUUGUCAAGGAUAUCAGCGACUCCAAGGCCAGGUUUCUAUCCCAACUACUAGCUCUUCUUCUAGGAGCAGCGUGCCUAGCUAUGACAUUCGUCGUCGCUCAUCUUGGAGGAAUCCUGCAGGUUGUGAUUUCACUGCAUGGGCUUUUUGGAGGUCCUCAGCUUGGUUUGUUUUCUUUGGGAAUGUUUUUCCCUUGGAGUAACUCCUUGGGCGCCUACGCAAGCCUUUUAGGGAGUCUGGCUUUAAUGUUGUGGAUUGGCAUAGGCGCUGCCGUAGUCAAACCACCACAAAAAGAAGCGCUCUACUUCACAAACAAUUGCAAUGCAAGCGCCUUCGGUCACAAUUUGCUGAACAGGACUUUGUCUCCAGUGGACAGCAGUAUUCCCUUGUAUGACGUGUACACUUUAUCCUAUAUGUGGUAUGGUCUUACUGGAUUCCUAGCUGCAUUGGUGAUUGGUACAAUAGUGAGUCUAAUCACAGGUGUCCACAAGCCAAAAGAAGUCGAUCCUAAAUUAAUCUGUCCAUUUUUCGAUAUUGUUUACCCCUUCGCUCUGUUGCCAGAAUGUAUCAGAAAACCAUUGCGCUUUGGAGUGGAUCAUUCCAGUCAGAAAGGAGAAAUGUCCUCAUUGAUGGAGCUAGACCGAUCCAGACACUACAUCGAAGAAGAAGCAGGGACUCCCUCAAAUGAGUUUUUAAACCCCAGUCCACGUAGCUUAGGCACGGUGCCUUCUUUUAAUAUCAAAGACCUGUGGUCAUCUUCGCCGCCAAUGCAUGAAAUCUUGUUCAACUCAACCCCUCGAAACUCGGAACCAGCUGAAAGGACGUACUUCUGAAGUUGUUCACAAUGUCUGACAAGAUGGAAUAACUCUUCAGUCCAGAAGACAUUGUCAUCUUGUCAUUGUCAUCUUGUCAUUGUCAUCUUGUCAUUGUCAUCUUGUCAUUGUCAUCUUGUCAUUGUCAUCUUGUCAUUGUCAUCUUGUCAUUGUCAGUCCAUCUUUGUGACAUCCAGUUCAUACAAAGAGACAUAAACUAUAUUUGUAACGAUGUUUUGAGACGCAAAGAAACAGCAAAUCUGGGGUAUGGGUGCCGGGUCUCGGCGUUUUUAGCGCAGCUGUUUUGGUGCAGUGAUCAAUGUGAUGCGAGCAGUUUUGGCGCCGGACAUUUUGGCGCUAAAUGCUUUUAGACACAUUAUAUAUGUAUAUGUUCGUUUUAUUAUGCAUUUAUAAUAAUAAUAAUAAUAAUAAUAAUAAUAAUAAUAAUCUUUAUUAUCCGUAAGGAAAUUUGUCUUACAAUUUGUGCAUUACACCAAACAAAAAACAUUAUAACUAUAAGAAACCAAAGUGUACAUUCACACCAGACUCAUUCAUAAUGAUACAUUUUUAUAUUUUGUAUGUGUCUUUGUGUUUACAUGUGUUUGUGGGUGUAGAAAAAACAAUUAUUUUGUCCAUUAGAUUUUAGGUUUGUAUUUAAGUCUGUUGUGAAAUUACUUUUCGUAGAAACCUCUUUGUUAUUUUUCUUAUUUAUUAUUAAACUUCUAUAAGAGAGACAAACUCUAUGCUGGUAGGUUCUAUGUUUGUGUGGAUGUUUGAUAGACCUCUCCACUUUAUGCUGGUAGGUUCUAGAUCUAUGUUUGUGUGGAUGUUUGAUAGACCUCUCCACUCUAUGCUGGUAGGUUCUAUGUUUGUGUGGAUGUUUGAAAGACCUCUCCACUCUAUGCUGGUAGGUUCUAGAUCUAUGUUUGUGUGGAUGUUUGAUAGACCUCUCCACUCUAUGCUGGUAGGUUCUAUGUUUGUGUGGAUGUUUGAUAGACCUCUCCACUCUAUGCUGGUAGGUUCUAUGUUUGUGUGGCUGUUUGAUAGACCUCUCGACUCUAUGCUGGUAGGUUCUAGAUCUAUGUUUGUGUGGAUGUUUGAUAGACCUCUCGACUCUAUGCUGGUAGGUUCUAGAUCUAUGUUUGUGUGGAUGUUUGAUAGACCUCUCCACUCUAUGCUGGUAGGUUCUAUGUUUGUGUGGAUGUUUGAUAGACCUCUCGACUCUAUGCUCUAAACAAGAUAAGAACAUUCCAAUCAGACAAAAAUAAAUAGAUAAUGUGUUGUUUGUAUUAUAUUUGAACAUGUUACUGGUCAAUUUGGACUCAUGACGUAUUAUAUUUCAACUAAUUCUGAUCCUGAUGCAAUUCUUAUUAAUGUAUUUGUUUUGUUUUUUUUUUGUUGUUGUUUUAGACUCAGGUCGUAGAUGGCCGCAAACAACAUUUAAUGACUUUCAGACAUUUCAUCAUCUGACUGACUGUCUGUUUCUCUCUCUCUCUCUCUCUCUCUCUCUCUCUCUCUCUUAACCUUUAGAUGGCCGCAAACAAACUUUAAUGAGUAUUAGACAUAUCCUU